GUGACAAAACAGCUCCCACGUCAGUAGGUGACACAGCAGCUGCCACGUGAGAAGGUGCCACAUCAACACUUCCCAUGGUAGCAGCCCCACGAUCGUGUCCACCACAUCGCCGCCCACCGCGUCUGCUGUUGGGUGACAUGGCAGAUGAGCAGCAGCAGGAGCCGUUCGAGGAGGACAUGACCUGCCCAAGGGACCACGUGGUGUGGAGUUGGGUGACUCCUGGGCAGAUGCUGCCGGGCAAUUCUCACGGGUCGAGAAGGCUGCGCUGCAAGAUCUGCAAUAAGGAGUACAAAGGGAACCGGAAGCGUGCGUGGGAACACUUCAUUCUGGCGAGGGCAUCAGCCAGGUGUUCGGGUUCGAACCUCUCCAUUUGGAAGAGGCUGCAUCGCAUCGGUGCGCAGCUGCCACCGGAUUUGCUCGCGAGGGUGCAGAUGGCGCUGGAGCAGGAGAGGGAUGACGACGACGACGACGUUCCCGACGUGGCAGGUGCUAGGCCUGCUGGUGAAAGGGGGGGAGGUGGGAUUGUUGAUCAGCAUGAGGAGUCACGGGGUGGGGAGGGCGAGGAGGGAUUGGAUGAGGGGAUGAGGGGUGUUGUGACAGGAGGAUCCGACGGUGGAGGGAGGCCUGGGUCCUCGCAGGCUGUCAUGCAGGUCGCCCGCACACGCAGGCCAGGGAGGCAGACGAGCAUCAAGAGGUACGCGAAGAACCCAAGGCAGGAGGAGAUUGAUGACUCCUACUGCAAGUUCUUCGUGGAGAACUCGAUCCCGUUCAACGCCGCCAAGAGCAGGAGCUUCAAGAAGUUCACGCGGGCGUGUUACGGACAACAACCUGCAGCGAGCCACCCUCUUGUGCCUACUGGGUACAACCCUCUCAGGUGUCGGUUGCUGGAUCGCCUUAACAAGAGGUUGCAGGAGGAGGAACAGGCGAUCCGUGACGAUUGGCAGGUCACAGGCUGCACGUUCAUAACCGAUGGGACUACAGACAUAUGUGGUCGAUCGCUUAUGAACUACAUCCUCGCAGGCCGGUCGAAGCCUAUUUUCAUCAACUCGAGGAUGUUAGCGAGGGGGACAAGGACUCCGCAGCCGUCGUUGCCGGAUGGAAGUGGUGGAGGAGCAGCAGGUGGAGGAGCAGCAGCUGGAGGAGCAGCAGGUGGAGGAGCAGCAGGGGGAGGAGGCGUAGGGAGAGGAGCAGCAGGUGGAGGAAGAGGGGGAGGAGGAGCGACAGGUGGAGGAGCACACAGAGGGCAUGCAACAGGGGGAGGAGCAGCAGGUGUUGGAGCACGAGAAGGAGCAGCAGGUGGAGGAGCAUCUAGUGGUGGAGCAACAGGUGGAGGAGCAGUAGGUGGGGGAGUAGCAGGUGGGGGAGCAGCAGGUGGAGGAGCGCGGGGACGGCGUGCAGCAUCUGAGCGAGGUGCGAGCGUUUUAUGGUUCCACUCGGCAGUCGCCUCUAGUCGGGCAGCAUGGAGCACAUGAUGACCGUGUAUGGGAUCCCCUCGCCUAUCGUGCUCAGCGAGGCAGAGGGAGGUCCGCUUCCGCCGUGCGA